UUUUAAGUCCGGAGGGACAUCUCGCUUGUAAAGUAAGAUUAGCAUGUCUACUUGAACGAACUACUGGCCCGUCUAUUCACGAUCUGUUACCUAGGAGUGCAUGUACGAAAACAUCCUCUCCCAGAAGAAGGAAAUUGCCAGAUUAUCUGCUACUGCUCAAUUCCAAAAAAAGGAGAAGCUUAAUGAAGAAGACAAGAAGGCAGAAGCCCAACAAACUGCAGACCUACAAAAGUUUGAGAGUACAGAGACGCAGUUCUUACCAACGGAUUCUAAAUCAUCCGAUUCUUCAUCAAAGGGAAAGCUUCCAAGUUUCUGGAUCCCUUCACUAACACCACAAGCCAAAGCAACCACAAUUGAUACAAGUAAACUUGAGACUGUUUGUACAGCUGUCGAAAAAUCACAUCCGAUACAUAUCAAGAAACUGAUUGCAAUCAAAUUCACAACUGCGAAAUCAGCACCUGGAGCUUCAACGGAACCUGAUUCCAAAUCAGAGUAUGCAUGUCCGGCAUGUCUCAAGAGUUUUAAGAAUGGGACAAAGAUGACUUUUCCAAAAGGAUGUGGACAUGUUGUGUGUGGGCAAUGCGCAAACAUGUUUAUCAAAAAGACUGGAAAGUGCUAUGUGUGUGAUGUCAAGUGUCGAGACAAGGAUCUCAUAGAACUGUUUGUCGAGGGUACAGGAUUCGCAUCAGGUGGUCAAGCAGAAGCAAAGAAAACAUUUGUAGCCUUCCAAUAA